AUGAAGAGGGAAGAAGAAUAUACGAGUGAUGAAGGAAAAAGAAGAAGGGAUGAGGACGAUGAGGAGGAAGGGUUUACCAAAAGUAAGAAAAUAUUUCGAUCACCACAAAAAUCGAAAACAAGCAUCCAAGAUGAUAAAAUGGAUAAGGUGAUGGAAAUGAUGCAGACUAUGAUGCAGGAAAUGAGAGAAAUAAGAGUGGAACAGCGAAACUACCAGGAAGAGAUAAGGGAAUUGAGGAAGGAAAGUGAGAAUAUUAAGGGGGAAAAUGAAAAACUUAAAGCUGAGAUGAAGCUUUUACAGGCUAAACUGGAGAGUAUGGAUAGAGAUAAAAGGAGGAAUAAUAUAGUGAUAAGUGGACUAGUCAUGAGAGACGUCCAGCAAGAUUCACUAGAAUCUGAAAUGAAGAAUUUUUUCAAAAAGAACUUGGAAUUAGACCCUAAGCUGAAAACCACCAAGAAAAUAGGGGUAAAAACCUAUAUCGUUGAAUUAGAGAGUGAAUAUGAGAAAUUCAAGGUGAUGAAAAAUAAGAGUAAAUUGAAGAAAUGUGAAGGGGAAAUAAUUUACAUCAACGAUGAUAUGACGAAAGUACAAAUGGAGAUAAAGAAAAAAUUGAGGGAAUUUGGGAAAGAGGAGAAAAAAGCAGGCAAGACUGUGAAGGAAGGUUUUCAGAAAUUGAUUAUAGACAACGUGAAGUAUAGAUGGAAUGAGGAAAGGGGAAAAAUAGAAAAAUCAAAGCCAAAAAACUAG